UAAACGCUGCAAGCGCCAAGUGGCCAUAGCAGUAUUUAACCUCUACCACGUGUCAAACUACCGCAUGUAGUAGAACGAUUAUUUGUGUUCGCAUAUAAAUUAAUACAUACUGGAAUCGUAUUUGUGUGUAUGUGCAAUUAUUAGUGUUAAUUAAUCAAAGCUCCGUAUUUUAAAAGAAAAAUGGGUAAAGGGCGAAAAAAUAAGCCGAAAAAGAACUUCGCUGAAAAACGUCGCGAGAAACUAAAAAAAAAGAAUGAAUGGAAUAAUACUCCCCAUAGAAGUUAUGCCGAUAUUAUCAGGGAGAACAAAGAUUUUGAGAAUUAUUAUAAGACGCAAGGAAUAGUUCCAGAAGAUAAAUGGGAUGCGUUUAUCAGCACUAUGAGAACCAAUCUGCCAGUUGCUUUUCGUAUUACUGGUUCAAAAGCUGAAGCUAAAGUCUUAUUGGAGAUAAUCAAAAGUGAUUUCUUUAAAGAAAUUUUAAAUGCAAAUUUGAAUGAUAAUAAGGAAGAUUUUAACAAUGAUGUAAAGACUAUAUUACAUAGUUUACCCUUUUAUCCGGAGGAAUUGGCAUGGCAAUUACAAUUAACUAGAAAAGAUAUUAGACGAUCUGAAGCAUAUUUUAGGCUGCAUAACUUUCUCAUCGCUGAAACUAACAAUGGUAGUAUCAGCAGACAGGAAGUAGUUAGUAUGGUUCCUCCUUUGGUGUUGGAUGUCAAACCUUCGCACAAGGUUCUUGAUAUGUGUGCAGCACCGGGAUCCAAGACAGCGCAACUUAUAGAAAUGAUACAUGCAGAUGAAGGAAAUAUUCCUCCAGAAGGGUUUGUAAUAGCCAACGAUCUUGACAAUAAUCGCUGCUAUAUGCUGGUGCACCAAGCUAAAAGACUGAACAGCCCAAACAUUCUUAUUACAAAUCAUGAUUCAUCUGUUAUGCCCAACUUUAUAAUUACUAAUCCAGAUGGUACAAAAGACACAUUAAAAUUUGAUAGGAUACUUGCAGAUGUCCCAUGUAGUGGUGAUGGCACUAUGCGAAAGAAUCCAGAUAUUUGGUGCAAAUGGAGUCCUGCUAAUGGCAAUAAUCUUCAUGGAAUUCAAUAUAGAAUAGCAAAACGUGGCUUGGAAUUGCUAACAGUUGGAGGGAGAAUGGUAUAUUCUACAUGUUCAUUAAAUCCAAUAGAAAAUGAAGCAGUGCUUCACAGGCUUCUUUGUGAAACUGGAGACUCAGUACAGUUAAUUGAUUGUAGAGACUUGGUACCAGGAUUGUUAUGCGACCCUGGCGUUACACACUGGAAACCAGCAUCUAAAAAUUUACAAUACUAUAACACUUGGGAUGAUGUUCCAGAGCAAUGGCAGACGCAAGUACGGCCGAAAAUGUUUCCUCCACAAGCGAACGAGGCUUCCACAUUUCAUCUUGAACGUUGUAUGAGAAUAUUACCACAUCAUCAAGAUACUGGAGGUUUUUUCGUGGCUGUACUGGAGAAAGUAAAAUCUCUGCCGUGGGAAAGCGAAGCCUAUACAUUAAAUCAGAAUGUACCGAAUCUAAGUAAUAUAGAAAACAAGGAUGGACUCAUUCCUAAAGAAGAAACUUCACAAGACAAGCUUUCAGAAAGUGGAAAAAGAAUAUUAGAAGAAGAAAAGAAAUCACGAGACUUACAAAGGAAACGAAGAAGGAUUGUUGGCUAUAGGGAAGAUCCGUUUGUUUUUUUCAAGGAUGAGACGGAAGAUGUAUGGCAGUCUAUAAAAGAUUUUUAUGGUAUAUCUAAUGAUUUGGAUCCGCAAUGUCUGCUAGUAAGAUGUCACGAAGGAAAGAAGAAAAAUAUUUACUUUACAUCGCCGGCAAUUCGUGACAUAGUGAUAUCUAACGAAAAUAAAGUCAAAAUGAUUAAUACUGGCGUUAAAACUUUUGUGCGAUGUGACAAUAAAAAUAUGAAUUGCGCCUUUAGACUUGCUCAAGAAGGGAUGCAGAGUAUCAUUCAUUACAUAAGUGAUAACAGAAAGCUUAAAAUUUCGAGAGAAGAUUUAAUAAUGCUUUUACAAAGUGAUGACCCACACACACCACCUGAAAUUGUAAAAUUAAAUCCAGAUACUCAAGAACGUCUCAAAGACUUCACAACUGGAAGUUGUAUACUGUUAUACAAAGAAGAGAAGACUGACAAUAUAAAUCAGCUAAAUCUUCAACUGGUAGGGUGGAGGGGAAUAAUGUCUCUCAGAGCAUAUGUGCCUACUUGUGAUGCGAUUCACUACUUACGGCUUUUAGGAGCAGAUUGCUCUAAAUUUGAGAAAAACAAAUUCAAGGAAAAUCGCGCAGCCGCAUUAGUCGAGGACGCCAAUAACGAUGAAAUCGGAACUGAAGAUUGAUAAAAGAAUUGUAAUGGGGAAUGGUAAUGGCAUAAAAGAAAGUCGACGACGCAGAAAUACUGACUGAAACUAAUGAAUCAUUCAUUACGUAAUUAUAAUUUGUCAAUUUUUCUAAUUUCUUACACGCAUCCUUUUUGCCAUGUGCUAUAUUUAAAUGAAAUAUUGAAAUUGGAUUUUUUAUUUAACCUGAACAUUACUUUUAUUCGAUCUAGUGAUAACCGAAUGUUGAUACUAGAAUAACAUGGUACAAAUUAUAUUAUGAAUGAGUUAUAAAUACAAAAUAUAAUUUCGUAGGAUAAAAACUUCGACAAUGGAA